CCAGAGGAAGGAAGGCGUCGCCCACUUUCGCCUCCCGCCGGCUCGUGGAAAUGGGCGUGUGCGGCUCGAAACAGGACGUGGUCGAGGUCGCCACAGCUUCCCAGAAGCCCCAGAAACAGGACUCGGUUCCGAAGCUCCUCCCGGAAGAAGCAGCGGCAGAAAAGGCGCGGGACGACGAGCAGGAAAUCGGCGAGACGAGCCUUGAAAUGAUCAAUGUCGGAGGGAUCGAGACGGACGCGCCAGGGGGCACGCAGCGGCGCGGCUACCUCGUCACCGUCGCGGACCUGGUCGGCCCGCCGCCCUCUGACCGCACCUGGCGCGACGAGUUUGCCGAGGCGCUCUCGCAGGCCGACGACCUGACCGGCGAGGCCGCCGCCGCUGCCGCCGACCGACGGAGGGGCAACGAGAACAUCCGCUUCUACCUGCGCGAAGCGGGCGGCGGGGUGCUGGGCGAGGCCGUCGACGACCUCGUCGCCAACGGGUGGGCGCAGGACGACGCGGAGCUCGUGACGCUCCUUCCCUCUCUUGCGACCGCAUCGCUCCGCCGGGCGCUGGCCGAGGGCCGGCGCGACCUCGGCGCGAGCUGCCACGCGCUCGUCCGCGUCCUCGCCGAGCGCGCCGCCGCACAGGGCGAGGUGGCGCCGCCGCUGUACAUGGCGCUGCGCGGGGUCCGGCGGGGCGACCGGCCGCUCCACGGGAUGGUCGAGGAUGAGCCCGGCUUUGCCGGCAUCGAGGUGCCCGACGCGACCAACUUUCGAGGGCUCACCGCGCUGAGCCCGCUCAACUUCGCUGCCGACCCCGUCUGCAUGGGCGAGGAGGGCUACCAUGCGCAGGUCCAGGAGGAGGGCGGCGAGCUGGUGCACCUCCCCGGCGACGUCGUGUGCAUCCUCUCGCAGCCCAACGACGCCGCCGGCUACCACACCGCGGUGCUGACCCAGUACGACCCGCCGUCCUACGUGCUGCCGCCCAACACGCUGCUCCGCCUCGUCAAGGUGGAGGGCCCGCCCUUUACGGCCACCUUUCGCCGCUGGACUCCGUGGUGCACCGACGCCGACGGCGACCGAGCCACGUACGACCACCUCACCGGCACGUCCUACUUUGACAAGGGCGACCACUACGAGGACCAAGACGGCAACCGCGUCGACUGCCCGUACGACGCGGCCGCCACCAUCGAGAAGACGGCGUACGUGCGCGGCACCGACGAGCUGACGCGCGGCCUCGCGCACACGAUGGAGCACGAGUGGACGCGCGCGGGCCUGGCGUGGAAGGACUGGAAGGGCGUCGAGUACACGGGCCGCGCGGUGUGGGGCUACGUCUCCGGCGCCGCGUUUGUGGCCGAGUGCACGCCCGGCAUGCGCGACGUCAGAAACGUCGGCAUGCGCCCCGCCGACUUCCUCAAGCGCGCCAACGAUCACGUCAAGUCGCGGCUGCCCCGCGCGACGGCGGCCGACCUGCUGACGCUCGACGAGGUGCUCUCCAUUCGGCUGUAUACAGGCGCCCGCCUUGCGCAACUCGUCCCCGUCUCCCCACGCACGGGCGAGCCGCUGCUCACCGAGGCUUGCUGGUGUGUCCGCCAUGACGCAGGUCCCGCGUUUGACAUGAUCAACUGGUGGCUGCGGCAGGUGGCGUGCCUGCCCAAUCCGCCGCCCAGGUGGCAUCCGCAACUCACGGGCGCGUGGACCGCCGAGCGCGGCCGGCUCGAGCCCGAGGCGGCGCGCCGUGCGGCGGCGCUCGACGCGGCGAGCUCGUUUGGCGCGACGGUCGGCCACCUGGUCGCGGCGCUGCGCAAGCUCGCCGCCGCCAACACGGCGGACGAGAAUGAGCGCACGCUCUACCGCUGCAUGAAGGGCGCCAUCUCCGGCAGCUUCUGGCUCCCGGAUGCGCAGGGCAUCGUGUGCGCGGUCGACUCGGCGUUCAUGUCCACCGCGCUCGCGCCCAAGACCUUCUACAUGGACGCCAAGGGCAAGCCGUCCGUGCUCCUCGAGCUGCGCGCCCGCGGGCAGGACGACGCCGGCUACCACUGCGGCGCCGAGGUCGCCUUCCUCUCGCAGUUUGAGGGUGAGCAGGAGGUCAUCCUCCCGCCGCUCACGAUGCUGCAAGUCAUGCCGCGGCACCCCGCCCCAGCAGAUCUGCCUCCACCUCCGGCUGAGGGCUCGUCCGCCGACGCGGUGGUGGCGUGGUCGCGCAUGAAGCACGAUGUCACGUGGGAGCGCACGGAGGAUGAGAAGGAUUACGAGCGCAUCGUCGCUGUGCCCACCUUCACCGGCUAGGCCGCUGGUGAGCAUCCCUCGUUGCUCUCGCGGCAUCUCGCAGUGGUGUGCGGGCAUCGCAGAAGAUGAAUGUGUGGCUGCGUUGCGCGUGCGCUUCGCACGCGCGAACUUCUCCGUAGCCCUCUUCAAACGGGGAUCCAUUCACGCCGUUUGUUGGUGUUGACACGCCCGCUCAGUCACUGUCUCUGUGGUCUUCGAUCAGAGCGGGUUGGCUGCGCGCUGCCCGGCCGUGGCCCCUCGUCAGCCGGCGGCAGCGGCGACCUGUGCAUGGCCGACGUGGAGGCGUGGCACGAACGCUCGGAAAUGAUGGCGAGGCGCGGGGCGCGGGGCGCGGGGGGGGAGGCGUGACUCGUCUCGUUGAAUGAGAGGAUUCUCCGCUGCGCGCACGCUUGCCAAGCCGCUUGGCGGGAGAUGGGGUAGCGGGUAGGUGCAUGCAGCGGGACGGUACGGUAGGGCCCGGGGCCGACGGUGAAUCGCAUGUGCAGGCCAUAUUGGCGAGUCGUGCGACAGCUGUAUCUCUUCCGGUCUU